CCUUCCACCAAAAAAGACUUCCCCACGCCGAUCCACCGCCCUCGUCCUCUCAAAUCCAUCCCCCAGCCCACACGCUCCUCUGCACACCUCAGAGAAAUUUUCCUUUUCCCCAAAUCUCCCAAAUCCCUCGGCCCCCAGAGAUCCCCGGCGAUCCUCCGGCAGCGAAUCAUCAUCCAUGGCGCUGGAGUGGGUGGUCCUCGGGUACGCCGCGGGCGCGGAGGCGAUCAUGCUGCUGCUGCUGACGCUGCCGGGUCUCGACGCGCUCCGGCGCGGGAUGAUCUCCGUGGUGCGGGGCGCGCUCAAGCCCAUGAUGUCCGUGGUGCCCUUCUGCCUCUUCCUCCUCAUGGACAUCUACUGGAAGUACGAGACCCGGCCCACAUGCGGCGACGAGCACGCCUGCACCCCUUCCGAGCACCUCCGCCACCAGAAGUCCAUCAUCAAGUCGCAGCGCAACGCGCUCCUCAUCGGCGCCGCGCUGCUCCUCUACUGGAUCCUCUUCUCCGUCACCUCCCUAGUCGUCCGCCUCGACCAACUCCAGCAGCGCGUCGACAAGCUCAAGAAGCGCGACGACUGAUCUCGUCCGGUCCGGUCCGAUCUGGUCCGGCGACCCUUGUGGCGUCGUGUUGUCGCUGUUUCUUCUCCUUACGCGGAUCUGUCUGUCCCUAGAUACAUCCUGUGAUGCUUGUUGUCAGGUGUUCUUUUUUUUUUUUUAAUCUGUGUACCGUGGAUGUUUGAGAUCGAGAUCCGGAUUCUCCAGAUCUAGUUCGAGUAAACAUAGGUCUUUAUGUGCUAGUAAAAUGAUAAUGGAACUGCGUUCUUCAAAAAUGUCCUGGCAAAUGUGACUCCCAGCCAUAUAUUUGGAUAUCCGGAGUCGUAAUUUUACUGUUUUCUCCAUGAA